UUGGUGCCCUAUCGGCUUAAGGGUAAUUUUCAACCUAGAUAAUGAGGUCUUUCAUGUUUCAUUAAACACCAAACUGGCAGGACCCCAGUGUAAUUAAAAUUCAGCCGUCUCUCUAACUCUGAUAUUGGCAGGUAUGCCAGGUCUUGCCGAAAUUCUAGUUCUCAAUACAUUGUUCCUGUGGGUUAAUCAUAUUACAAGGAUUUAAAUGACAAAAUUUCAUUCCGCGACUGCCGAUACACGUUCAGAUAUAUAUCAAUAAAAUCUAUAAUCACCCAAUUAAAAUUCAAUUCAAUACUCCGAAACCAACGCUUAAUGUUUAUAUUUUGCAAAGGUGCGGACGAGAAUGGUUGCACAGAGGUAUGGAAAUUAACUUCUGCCAGACUCCGGUGACCAUGGAAAGCUUGGAACGACAUCGAGCAAUGGCGAUGCCCAGGUGUCAUACCCCCAGUGAAGCCCCACCCUUGCCAGUAGGAAAAGAAUACCACGCCUUUUUCAGUUUUCACGGCGAAAAUCCAGAUCAUAAUUGGGUGAAAGCGGUGACAAGAGAACUUGAAAGCCGUGGAUUCAAAUGCUGUGUAUUUCCCCGUGAUUUAGAUGCUGGGAGGUCGUUAUCUUUCAACAUUAAAUCCAUACUGACCAAGUGUUUGAGAAUAGUGACUGUUUUAUCGUCUUCAUACAUAAAAAAUGAGUGGUCACAAUUAGAAAUGGAAAUAAUAUCCCUUGGAAAGUUGGAGGAAUUAGUUUUUAUCCCCGUGUUAAUUGAACCAUGCGACAUCCCGCCGUUUCUGAAAUAUUACAAAUACAUUAAUGCAACGACUACAAGAGGAGCUUGGUGGAUGAAUUUCUAUGAAGAAAUUAUAGGAAAUGCACCCCAGCUUCCACCACGUAAAAAAUUCCACGUCUUUUUCGCCCACACCUCUACAGAUAACAAAUGGGUGAACAGCAUUGCCGAACGUUUAGAAAACCCCAACAAUAACAUCGUCUGCUGCUAUCCUGCUCGAGAUUUCAAACCAGGAACGUCCAUCAACGAAUCCAUCGAUAGUGCCAUCAAAAGAUCUCUACGAGUUGUUCUUGUCAUAUCAAAGAACUUUUUGUUAAACGAAUGGAAACGGUAUUAUGAAAAGAAAUUCAAACAAUUAAAGAUUAUCCCAAUUAUCAUAUCAGAUUGUGAGUUGCCAGUUGCACUGGACGAUAUGGUUUGCAUCGAUGCUCGGAAUACCGACACUGACUGGUAUAACGUGCUGUUGCGUGCCAUCUGUGAGGAAGAUUUGAAUGUCGAUGACGACACAGUUACCAGUACCAGUCAGUUUGUACGAGAUGAGGUCAUAUACACUCCAGCAGCAGAUCCUUUGGCAAGUUUAUCGACCACUACCUCUUUAAGAUGAUGUUACCCAAUGUAUGCAAUAUUUAUAGUGUUAGAUAAAAUUUUAUUGACAAAAACAAUUACACCAACAAUGAACUAAAAUAAGACAAUUGCAGGACAAGUCACUUUAUCCGAGAAAAUCUAUUCACAUGCUGUGGAACGGCGAGUGUCUGUCCACUGUAUAACACAGUGAUGAUUUUACUUUCAAAAAAACUAAGUUUAAUAUUCGAAUCCCUGCUGUUUGACAUGAUGGAGAUCUUUUGGUGCCAUGUAUUCAGCAUUGAUGGAACAGCAAUAUAUCAUCGUACAGUCUAGUUACAUAUACACUAAAACGUUUUCAAAUAA